GAAGAAAUAUUCAGAGUCAAACAUGAAGAUACUGAGGAACAAACAGACCUAAUGGCACUGAAAGAGGAGCAGGAAGUACUGAAUGAAAUUGAGGAGAAAGAUCUUCCUGAUUUCAUAACCGGAGAAAAAUAUUUUUGUUCCUUAAAGUCUAAAAAGACUUCUACGCAAAAAAGAGUUCAAAAGACAGGAACUAGAAGUUGUUUCACUUGCUUUCAGUGUGGAAAGAGAUUCAAUCAAAAAGGAAACCUUGAUGUCCACAGGCAAAUUCACACUAUGGAGAGCAUGUUUACCUGUGAACAGUGUGGAAGCAGUUACACUCAUAAAAGAAGCCUUAACAGGCACAUGAGAAUUCACACUGGAGAGGUACCUUUCACCUGCAAACAGUGUGGAAAAAGUUUCAAUCAACGAGGAAACCUUGACAGGCACAUGAAAAUUCACAAAAGAAAGAAGCCUAACAGAUCCCCUCAGUAUGAAAACAAUUUCAAUCAAAGUGGAAAUCUUGACGUCCACAGGAGAAUUCACACUACGGAGAACCUUUUUACCUGCCAACAGUGUGGAAGGAGUUUCGCUCGUAAAGGAAGCCUUACCAGGCACAUGAAAGUUCACACUGGAGAGAAGCCUUUCUCCUGCCAACAGUGUGGAAAGAGUUUCACUCAUAAAAGAAACCUUACCAGGCACUUGAGAGUUCACACUGGAGAGAAGCCUUUCUCCUGCCAACAGUGUGGAAAAAGAUUCAGUCAACCUGAACACCUUAAAGGGCCGUACACACCGGGACGAAUAUCGGCGCGCGUUAUUCGCCAGCGUUUUCCAACACGUUUUUUGUGUUCACACCCAAGCGAUUUUCGCUGACGAUGAGCCGAGUGAACAUGCAAAUUCAUUCCCUGACAUUAGAUGGCGCUUAAUGUAAAACAGAAAUACCCCUGUACACAAGGUGGCGCUGCGCAACUUUACGCUUCUUAAACUCGCUUUUCACUCAGAAGAAGAGUGCAAGUAUUUACGCGCUUGUCAGAAUCAUACAAAGAAAACAUGAAUAUUUCAAGCACCAGUAACUCUAGCUCCAGUUCCAGCGAUGAAGAAAUUAUUGUUCUGUUGAAUGAGGAAAGACGCCGGAAAAGACGCCGAUUUUGGGUACAUCCCAUAGUUACGAGAAGAGAAGAACAUGGGGAGUUUUAUCGACUGGUACAAGAGCUGAAAAUGUAUCAUGAGCGUUUUCGGGGGUAUUUUAGAAUGUCCGUCAGUGAGUUCGAAAAUUUACUUCAACAACUGGCUCCCUUGCUGACGAAAGAACAGACACACUACCGUAAACCAAUCGACCCAGAACAGCGUUUGGCCGUGUGUUUACGUUUUCUAAGCACUGGGGACUCGUACCGCUCUAUUGCGUUCAGCUUUCGACUUGGUGUGUCAACUGUGGCUUCGAUAGUGAGUGAAACCUGUGAUGCAUUGUGGCACUGCCUCAGAGAUGAACAUUUGCCAGUGCCUACUGAAGAGAUGUGGAGGAGUACAGCCAGGAGAUUCCAUGAAAGAUGGAAUUUCCCUAACUGCUUGGGAGCCAUGGAUGGGAAACACAUAUUCAUCCAGGCCCCUGCAAACUCUGGUUCUCUAUACUUUAAUUAUAAAGGUACAUUCUCCGUUGUAUUGCUGGCCUUAGUUGAUGCAGAUUACCGCUUCCUGGUGGUUGAUGUGGGGAGCUAUGGCAGCAACAGUGAUGGAGGAAUCUUUGCCAAUUCUGUACUGGGAAAGGCACUCAGAAAUGGAACUCUGAAUGUUCCCCCACCAAGUGAACUUCCAGGUGCUCCUGAGCUGGGAAAAGUUAACCAUGUCAUUGUGGCGGAUGAAGCUUUUCCGCUGAAACCAUAUCUCCUCCGGCCAUACCCUGGACGCCGCCUCCCCACAGACAAGAGAAUUUUCAAUUAUCGUUUGUCUCGGGCACGGCGCAUCUCUGAAAAUGUAUUUGGCAUCCUCAGUCAACGCUUCCGGGUUUUCCAAAGAACUUUACAGGUUCAACCAAGUGUUGUUGACAAAGUUGUCAAAGCUGCUUGUGCGUUGUGCAAUUAUUUGCGCCCGAACGGAAAUGACCAGAAUCGUGCCACAGAGGAUGACCAUGAUUGUGAGCAACCACUACAAGGCUUUGAACAUUGUAGGGGGCAGCGGGCAUCUGUGGAGGCCCAAAAUGUCCGAGAACUGUACAAAGAGUACUUCAACUCACCAGCAGGAGAAGUUGCUUGGCAGUAUGACCAUGUGAACCAUGCUCUGGGGAACAGAUAAUAUCAACCUAUAAAUUUGAGCCAUUUUAAUUACAUUUUCCAUUGAGAAAACUGCUAGUGUAUGUGUAUAUAUACAAUUUCUGUGAACUUGAAUACACUAUCAAAUCUAUUGCAUCUGAUUCUUCAUUAAUUAAUAUGGCAGCACUCACCACAGCAAAUUAAAUAUUUUUGAUAUAACAUGUUCUAUCAAAGUUAAAGCAUAGUUUUUUUUUGCAAAAAGUAAAGUAUUUGGUCACUUCAACAUAUACUUAUUUACAACUAAAUGUAAGUUGUAUUUUUGAAAAUGUGUAUUUUUAAUAAACAUUUUUACUAGCA